CUUCGAUGGAGAAAGCGUGAGAUACUAGUCAAGCUCACGUCCUGUAGGUGAUCCUUGCAUUGCGCCCUUUCUGCUGCUUAUCAAUGGCGCACAGCAACACACAGCAGUGGUUCGCUAGCGCUAAGCCUCAAGUCGCAUACGAUUAUUCUCCGUCCCAUCAGGUAUUGUUCGUUAUCAUGUUGCUUGCCUCGGCCAUCGUGUGUGCCGCAGUCUUUACUCAUCUAUAUUCAUCCUCACGACAAUUACCCUGCACUUCGCCCAUUCCAUUCUCGUCCUGGCUGCUCGCGAGGCAUACUCCCUCUCGCAUUUUGCGAAGUUGGAAGGGGAAGGGUGCACUAAGGCCUCGUCAGGCAACGGGGCUGAGACACCAAGAAUACUACUUCUGCACAUUGUUGCGAACUUUGCGCAUUCACCGUGUUCUGUUGUGCCUAUACGCGUAUACUCUCCCCAACCUUCUGGCUUGUCAUUAAUCGCGACCAGCGAAACCCACUCGUUACGCGAAUAAUGGUGAGCGUUAUACUUUACAUCUAGCGUCAGCAAUCUUUGAACCACAUGUCAGCAGUCUAGGCGUAGAGCUAUAUCUCGUGCAACGCUCGCUGUACGCUAUAAACAUUGUAUUAUCCUCCUUGGACAAUUG